UACAGCUAGUCUGUUGUGCGUUACGGUUAUGUUUAGUUGUAGAUUAGUUAGUUGUGUGUAGCAUUACUGUUGCAAAUGGCGAAUGAUAGAGAAAUACUGAGAGAGAUUUGGAAUGGGCGGAUACCGACGUGUUUUCAUUUAAAUUCAGAAGAAGUGCAUGACGUUCAGGUUCCUGAUCCAGUGUACCUGAUGAUUCCUAGGUUAAGCUAUUUCCCAUUAGUGACAGAUAAGAUACGUAAACAUUUCAUUCGUCAUAUACACCCAGAUAAACAGAAUGCAGAAAUGUGGCUGGACUACAGUGGUCAAGCUCUUAAAUGGCAUUAUCCAAUUGGUGUCCUUUAUGAUUUGUACGCAUCUGAAAGUAACUUACCUUGGAAUAUAACUGUACAUUUUGAAAAAUUUCCUGAAACAGAAUUACUUCACUGCCCUGGUAGAGAAGCUGUGGAAUCACACUUCAUGGCCUGUGUGAAAGAGGCGGAUGUUCUAAAACACAGAAGUCAAGUUGUAUCAAACAUGCAAAAGAAGGACCAUAUGCAGUUGUGGCUUGGCCUGCAGAAUGAUAAGUUUGAUCCAUUUUGGGCAACCAAUAGAAAACUCAUGGAAGUUACUGGUGAUGAGACAUUUAAGUACAUACCAUUCCGCUGUUAUAAUAGUGAGGAGCCAUUCCUGCAGAAACUGGUGAAACCUGUGACAGAAGAGGGGCAGCGCAAAACCCUUCAGCAUUUGCUACAAGAAGUCUACCCAAAUUUACCCAACGUACGAGUGGUAACCCACGGAAUUGAACCUCCAUUAGACACUCCUCUGCAGUGGAUGAGUGAACAUCUCAGUUACCCAGACAACUUCCUGCAUUUGUGUGUUCACACAUAAUAUUUAAGCAUAUAGCUUUAUUUUCUUAUUAAUUUAUGGACUUUAUAAAUUUCAUGUUAUUUUCUCUUUGAGACUAGUUGUUUUUGUUUUGCUGUUUAUUUUAUGUAUUAUUUUAUAUUUUUAUAUUUUGUCUUAUUUAAGAUACCUGCCUAGUCCACUAUCAUGUAUACAUUUUGUGGUCAAUGGAACAGUUUUGUGUUCUUUUGUCCAUUGUUGUGCAAAAUUGUAUUAGCUCAUAAUGUGUUAGGUUUGGUUAUAAUUAUCGAGUACACAGGUGGGAAUUCUUAACAUGUACUUUUUGAGUGUAAUUGUAUUAAAUGUAUUGGAAUGAAAGUAUGCUCUUUGAAAUGCUUUACUAGAUUAUAUUGCUUUGUAACUGGGUGUGGAAAUUUGUGUUAUGAAUCUCAUUUAAAAUUCUUCAAUUUUAUUCUCCAUGAUAUAAGUGAGGCAUGUUUUCUGGAUUGUUGAGUAAACUUGUGUACAUUUUUGUGCACAGUUGUACAUUGUCACUUAGUCUUAACAGAUAACCUUAUACAUCGGAUCAAAAUACCUGUUCAGAAUUUCUUAUUUUAGAAAACUAGAAUUUCCAGAUGUGGAUGAUUGUUCUGUACCCACCUUAUUAGAUCACACAAGUAGUUUCCAAAUCUAUAUAUGGUUGCUUGUGCAUAGCUGCUUGUGCAUAGCAGUAUUUUCCGUAAUGAUAGACUGUGGAAAUUUGUAAUUCAUCCAGAAUUUGAUUAACAGUUACAUUCUAAAAAGUGAGUUAUUUGAGAUAUAGUUUUCAGUCAUAAUGUGCUUCUCUUCACAUUGCUGUUUUUCUACUGAAAACAAAGAAAAAAACUUGUCUGACAUUCUCUGUAGAAGUUUAUGAAGACACCUGCUCCAAAUCAGGAAUACCAAGUUGCUAUUUGUUUUCUUAACAUCAAAAUCCACCCAGUAAUUCAUGCAUUUUUGAUAUCCCAGUUGUACUACACUCUUAUGUACCGUGUUUUAUGUAUACCAGUUUAUUUCUGUGAUAAGUAUAUUUUAAAGUUAGCAUUAUUGCAAACAGUAAACAGUGACACAGCAGUUUAUAAUGUGUGUGUGUGUGUGUGUGUGUGUGUGUGUGUGUGUGUGUGUGUGUGUGUUUUGUGCAUGCACGCUCUUGUAAAAAGUUGCAGAAAUUUGAACUUAAUGCACUCCUCAGUAUUGGUACAAGUGGAGUGCUGUGACACACAGUUUGGAUAAAUAAUCUCUCAAUUGAGUCCCAAGUUGCUUCAAGAAAACAGGAACAAUUUGCCACCUUCAUUGAAAGAUAUUUCAGCAGAAGAUGCAUAAAAUACUGUUUUGUAAGGCCUGAAGGUGAACCUCGCAUUAUUUCCAAGAUUCGGAGUUAUUUGCUGGAUUUUAGUCUAGACUGCUGUCAGAUAUGCUUAAAACAUUUAUCUUGCAAAAGGCUGUGUAUGCUAAAACAUAAGAAGCCACAAUUAAAUGUUGAUCAGCAAUAUCUUUUGGUAUUAGAAAUGCACAUUGUCAUGUGGCCAUCACUUAUUCAUUACUUGAUGUGGAAUUUAUAAGGAAAAAGCUGUACGCUUUCAUCAGGGUUGAUGUUCCUUGAAUGAAUUUUUUACCCUGCAGUGUGUGUGUGUGUGUGUGUGUGUGUGUGUGUGUUCGUUCUUGUUUUGUUUUGAAACUUCCUGGUUGAUUAAAAGUAUGUGUCACCAACUGGGACUCAAACCCAAAAUCUUGCCUAUUUCUUACCAACUGUGGUAGCCAGUGCCCUAGCAGCUUCUAUUCUGCCAGUAUCUCUCUCCUAGUUUCUAAACUUCACACAAAUUCUCCCGCAUAACUUGCUAGACUAGCACUCCUGGUAGAAAUAUAAAGUUGGUGCUUGUUUUCACUAUUAACAGUACAGAGACACAGCUGCUUCGUAGCACAUUUAUGUAAAUUGUGCAUAGAAUUAUUGAGUUAUGCACUUUUCAUUUUGUUCUUCCUCUCUGUGGAAGGCACUGAAAUUACUCUCGUAACUACUCGAUAUUUCGUAUGCUGUAUUUUAUAGCUGUCUUACCUUAGCAUCUCAUUGCCUUUUAGUGUUACUUUGUUGUUCCUUUUUCUGCUCAUCAAUUAACUCAGUAUCAUUAAAAUCGAACAUUCAUGCCUGUCGACAAACGCAUUUUCUUAUAUUUCUUGAUAUGCUUAUAUCACAAAAAUACAAUGCACCCGACUUUGUUCUUUCACCUUAUGAUACCUUAUUGUGUGGCAAAGUUUAGUUGCAGCGAUAGGUGGGACUAGAUUCUGAUUUGUCAAGUUACACCAUUUUACAAUUAGUUAACAGUCUACUCAUUGGUGUGUUUCUUCUGUUCCAUACUUCUGAGUGCAACAGGGUAGGUUACUGUAGAAAUUUCUUCUCUUCAGCCAAAUAUCCCAAUGGGCUGAGGGUGGAGCAGAGGGAUUCCAAAUUGGAAAUAUUUGGGAGGGGGCUUCCAGUUCCAGCAUUUGCCUAAUCACCUAGGGUAGAUCACAUGAAAACCAGAUUGCGCAUUUUAUGCGCUGAUACUUUAUGAUAUUUCAUAUGCAGCUGUGCUUUGUAAAGUAACUGAAGAAUGGAACAAAUACUAAUGGAGUAAAUAAAAUAGUUGUUUCAUGUGAUGGAAAUUUUCAGUUUAAAUAUUUAGCUAUUUUGCUUUAUCCACAUCUGUCUUCCACUCUCAGGUUGAUGUACGCUAUCUUUAGGAGACGAGUAUAUACUGCCGUACAAGAUUGUUCAUUGAUACAAAUUUUGAGCAUGAUUAGAGGUUUCAUUUCUGUUAUCUUUGCAUAAACAUGAUAAAAGUUAUGCUGACACACACAUUCUUCAUUCUUCUAGUAGGCAGUCAAUGAGCUAUCUGCAACUGGGAGACACCACUGUAUGUGAAUCAGAAUUACAUGACAUUAACUGUUCCCAUAGAGCCAGCAAUAAUGUGUUGUAAUCUUUGCAAACUCAUGUACAAUUGAUGUAGUUCACCAAAUUACAAAGAAUAAUGAAACAAUAGCCUGGCACAGUGAGUCUUGACACCAGUUAUGCCGAAAAAGCCAGACAUCUCCGAAGACAGCCUUUGUUACACUUUACAUUCCAAACUGCUUUAGAUCUUAUUUUUAACAGCUUUGUGAUUCAUAUUUCAUCUGUGUUUAACAAUCUGAAAUUUUGGGUAUGAUGAUAAUCAUACCCCAAACUGUUUUACUGAACAUUUUUUGCAAGAAAUACUGCGAGUAAGUUAUCUUUUUUAUAUGCUUCAGAGGAUAGGUAACUGUAUUCAUCCAGACAAGAACUUGAUGAAUUUCUCCAGUAAUCAAACUCUACACUGUAGAAAUUGUGUUCAGCAUUUUCCUACUUAGAUUUCUUUUGUGUCAGAUAGUUUGAGUGCUUUAACUCUUCAUUGUGCUUAUUGCAUUCUGUGGAAGCCUUAUAACAUAUUGUGCUGUAAUUACAGUAGUGCUCAGGACAUGGCAAUUCUGCCGAUAUGGCACACACACAUAGAGAGAGAGAGAGAGAGAGAGAGAGAGAGAGAGAGAGAGAGAGAGAGAGAACUGUGAACUUUACUGGUGUAUUGUCAUCUUCAAUGACACUUUCCUGGGUAUGUGUCUGUGUAGUCAUGUUUUAUAGAUCAUAUCAUGAUGUUACCAUUGUUGGGUUUCUAAGAGACAAACUUGUUUUACAACUCUUCGUGCAAAGCUUCAGUACAUUUACUGUUUGUUUCUAUAGCAAUGAGCAUGCUCAAAUAAACAUGUUGUCAUUAUUUGGUGACAAUCAUAAAGCAAAUUACUCUAUGAUGAUGAUAUACCACAAUGUUAUUUUUAUGAAAACACACUGGUUUCAACAGGUAUCACAUGUCAGAUUUUUCUGAAAUAUGGUCCAACAUUAAAAUAAAACAUGCUGAUAAUGCUGCAGUAAAAGUUGAAAACUCAUUUGUUACAUAUAUCAGUUUUUUAAGAUUACUUACAUUUGAAUACAUUGAUGUUCAAGCUAGAAUUUUUUUAAUCGAUCAAAGUAUAAAAAAUUUAAAUUAUGGCUUAUAUUUUUAAUAGUAUAAAUAUCAGUAUUUCUAUGUGUUUUUGGUAUAUUGUAAAUUAAAAAGUAGGAGCAACUGACAUUAUAGUCCCCAUUGUGAGUCUGUCCAGAAAGCUUGUAUAAUAAUUUGAACAUUCUGUAAUUUUGAUUGGAAUUAUUAAAUGCUUUCAGUUGACUGUUGAAUAAAUGUUCAUUUGCGGCCAAUAAUUUUGAGAUGUUGGAGAGUAUCUUACGGGGGCUGUAGAAAAAUUUAAAACAUAUGAUAACUUGCCCCUGUCCUAUGUCAUUCAUAAAGGCACUUAAACAUUCAGGAAUGUAAUGUUGCCACACUAUAUUAGUGUAGCUAUUAUACCUUACAGCUUUAUUAUACAUGAUUACCAUUGAUUUGUUAGGAUUUUUUGCUUUGUCUGACAAAGUAGAGUACAAUUUUCUUCCAGUUCUGUACUUAAGUGAAUGGUAAAGCUCUAAAGCCUAGGAAGCAGGCUCUCAUUUCUGUGACUGUAAGGAGAGAUGUAGAUUUUACAUAUUGUUCUCGAAUCAGUGUUAUUGCUGUGUGUACUGAAUGAGCCAAACAGUCUGGAGUAUCUAACAUCUUGAUAGAUUUGGUAAUGAGUGUAUUAAGUUUCCAGUGCAAUGUGGAAACAUAAUUAACUGAAAUGAGCUGACAAGAAAACAAGGAGGUCAGAGUGACCUCUUCUGGCACCCUUACAUUUAGUGCAUCAUUGGACGUUAGUCAUGUGGUACAUACAUUUUGUUGUUGUAUUAACUGCCUGAAGGGCUAAGAUGUCUUCCUGAAAAUGCCUUUAGUUAAAUUGCAUGAGUAACUCUAGGUUUUGUAAUAUAUUACAUGAGAAUGCUGGUUGAUUGCAGUUUCAUCUCUGAGUAUUUGUUGCCAGUAAUUUCAGCAGUCAAGCAGUUUUAAAAUUGCACAUGUAUGUUAUGAAAUAAUUAGUUUUGUACAUUGGUCUGCAUACUUAGUUACAUGACUUUACCUUUGUAAAGUGGAGGUUGCAGCCCCUUAAAGAUGUUUUAUUUCGAAGUAGACUAACUGCCACUGAAAUAACUACAUAACAAAAUAGGCUAAGUGUCUCAUGCAUUGUUAAAUGAAGAAUGUGCCUUAAAACUCCAUAGUCUGCUGUGUCAUUUCUGCCCUUCUGUGCUAGGAUGUAGAUAGAGGAAGAAAUAUAAGGAAAUGUCUUUAAAUUAGUAAUUGUUUCUCAGUGCAGAAAUGUCAAAUAGUUUAAUUAUGCAUGUCAUUUAUAUUAGAUUAAAAAUACAACAGUUUUGGCCUCGGGAUAAUCAAUGGAUGUCUCCCAUGUAUGGAUUAUUAUUCACGCUUUCAUAUGUUGUUAUAAAAAUUGUGUAAAGCAGCAGAAGUCAUAUUAUUGCUUCUUUUAACUAUGUUUAUUGCACAGAAUGAAAGGAAUACAUUCAAGUACAGAUGUAAAUACUGUAUGCCAAUAAAGUAAAUUUGUUUCAUUUUUGUCUAGAGUAUUUGGGCCUAAUCGUAUUUUACAUUUAACUUGGUAUCCUAAAUGAUUCCACAGUUAUUAAACAAAAUAUCAUUCCUAAGCUGAAGUUCAAUUUCACUGUUGUGAUUUAUGUGAUCUCAUAUUUGAAAAAGAGAAACCGUCUAAAGAUGUCCAGUGUAGCUGUAUUUUCAAGGAACUUUGUGUUAAUAUCUGUAGUAAUUUAUUUUAAAAAGUCUUAAGUAUUUCAUUCUGUACUGUGAAUCUGAUUCCAUGAGGUACUUAAUGUUGUACGUAGUAUUCAUGUGCUUCAUUAGUCACAGUGAUGGAAAAUGUAUUUCACAUUUUAGUAAGUACUUAUUAUACAUUAUGUCAACACUACCAACUGUGAAUAUUUGUUUUCAAUGGUAUCUGAAGUUGUGGGCUGCAUUUGGGCUGCUGUUGUAUGUUUUGUUGUAUUUUCAGUGUGACAAAUAAAUGUGUUUCAAAAUAAA